AGACAUGACUAUGGUGGAUCCUCUGGGGAGCCUGAACAACAUCCUGAUGCUGACGAGGCAGAGAAGAGUCUCUCCAGAUCAGAACACCAGAUGGACAACGCUAGCCCUUCCUCCCUCCAGGAGUCCCCGUGUCAUGCCUCUCCCAGUAGCGCCUUACUGCUGGGUAUGAAGAGGUUGUCUGUGCUGCUGGUGGACUGCAGGAAAACAACAGGGCUGAGUGGAACUGUGAGAGGAGGAGAAGAGAAGAAAGGGUCAGAUUUGACACAUCAAAGAGGAAAACCAAACUUGAAGGAACCAGAUACGUCCGAACCAGCAAGACGACACCUCUGCUGCCAUUGUGGAAAGAGUUUUACCAAGUUAGGAAGUCUGAACAGACAUGAGAGGGGACACACAGAACCGAAGACACAAAAUUGCGUCCAGUGUGGAAAGAGUUUUAGCUACUUAGGAAAUCUGAAAGCUCAUGAGCGAACACACACACGGGAGAUGCCUUUCCGUUGCUCCCAGUGUGGAAAGAAUUUUAAGCGGUUAGACACUCUCAAAACCCAUGAGCAAAUACAGACUAGGGAGAAGCCAUACCAGUGUGGAAAGAGUUUUAGCCAGUCAGGAACCCUGAAGGAACACAUGAGACUGCACACAAGGGAGAAGCCUUACUACUGCUCACAUUGUGGGAAGAGUUUUGGCCAUUUAGUUAGCAUGAAAAGACAUCAGAGGAUACACACAGGAGCGAAGCCACACCUGUGCUCCCAGUGUGGAAAGAGUUUUAAGCGGUUAGACACUCUCAAAACCCAUGAGCAAAUACACAUUAGGCAGAAGCCGUACCAUUGUGCCCAGUGUGGAAAUAGUUUUAGCAAGUCAGGAAGCCUGAAAGUUCAUGAGCGAAUACACACAGGGGAGAAGUCAUACCUUUGCGCCCAGUGUGGAAAGAGUUUUAGCCAGUCAAGCCUGAAGGAACACAUGAGACUGCACACAAGGGAGAAGCCUUACUACUGCUCACAUUGUGGGAAGAGUUUUAACCAUUUAGUUAGCAUGAAAAGACAUGAGAGGAUACACACAGGAGCGAAGCCACACCAGUGCUCCCAUUGUGGAAAGAGUUUUAAGCGGUUAGACACCCUCAAAACCCAUGAGCAAAUACACAUUAGGCAGAAGCCGUACCAUUGUGCCCAGUGUGGAAAGAGUUUUAAGCGGUUAGACACUCUCAAAACCCAUGAGCAAAUACACAUUAGGCAGAAGCUGUACCAUUGUGCCCAGUGUGGAAAGAGUUUUAAGCGGUUAGACACUCUCAAAGCUCAUGAGCGAAUACACACAUGGGAGAUACCAUACCAUUGCGCCUAGUGUGAAAAUAGUUUUUGCCGGUCAGGAAGCCUGAAAGUUCAUGAGAGAAUACACACGGGAGAACCCAUACCACUGCUCCCUGUGUUCAAAGUGUUUUACCCAUUUAGGAAGCCUGAAGGAACACAUGAGACUGCACACAGGGGAGAAGCCUUACAAAUGUUCAGACUGUAGGAAGACAUAUUACUCAUCACAGUCACUUACAAAACAUGAGAAUCCACACAGGAGAGAAUAAUUACUUAUCCUAGUGUGUAAACUUGUAAUUCACAUCACAUACACUUAAAAUUCAUCAGAGAGCGUACACACUGCUCCCAUUGUCUUAUGUUGUUGACUGAGAAUGUUUACUUGUUUAUACUAUAAGAAAUUAAAUUGUACACAGUAAACUCAAACACAUAUAUUUGUAUGUUUUUAUUAGAAAACAUUAAUUGAAUAUGGAGUAUGUCAGUUUGAAUAUAGAGUAAAUCAUAUAAUCUCCUGUUCCUGGGAGGAUCAUUAUGUGUUGCAAACCCGAUGCACCUGCAUCCUUGUAUGAAUAAAGUCCCGCCCAGGAACAGGAAACUAUAAAGAUAUGUGCUCAUCACUCAAUGCUUCAGGAAUUCAGACUGUCUACACUGCGCUGUGUAACUCUGUUAUUCUCUCUGAGCUCAGAAAUAAAGAGACUUGGUUUGACUUGGACUCCACCCAACUUGCAACCUAAAUCCAAUGACAGGAGA